AUGUGGAAUGAAAGUUCUUCGAAUCUUGGAGGCGGAUUUUUGGAUGACAGCACACAGGCCGGAGGAUCUGGCCAAAAAAGUUCGCAAAGUAAUGAAAAGAGCAUCAUUCCCGUAUGGAUAAAGCAUAUCACGUCUACAACGGGAGAUUUGCAUAUUUCUGACAGAACUGUAAAUACUCUGACAUUCGUCGGAGUUGUACGUCAUAUCGAACAAGAUACGACGAAGAUGUUUUUCAGUAUUCAGGAUGAUACAGGUACUCUCACUGCUUUCAUGUGGUUAGAAGCAGACAAGAAUCCUGCAGAAAAUGCUUGUGUACAACUUAAUACAUAUGUAAGAGUUUAUGGUUUGAUACGCAAUCAAAAUAAUGAACGACAUGUGUUGAUCUUGCGUAUGUAUCCUGUGGAAGACUUAAACGAGGUGACAUGUCACUUUUUGGAAGUUAUGUAUUUUAUAUUGAAUGCUGGCAAUCUGAAAAAACCUACUGUAUCUAAUACAUUAACGUUCGAUAAUACAAUGAGUGGUAUGUCACCUGAUCAAGUGGCAAUUCUUGAAAUUGUUCGAUCAGCAAAUGAAUCAGAAUGCAGUAUUAAGGCUCCUGGGUAG